UAAAGAAAAAGCAAAAACGAAGGGAACGAAACAAAGUGUCGAGGAAAAUGCCAGUUCCCAGUGUCCAAGUGGCCAAGUGAGAGUCCCACAAACGCGAACUACACCUCAGAGAAAUCCCUUCCCUUCGCGCCGCCACAAACCUCACAGAAUGCCGCCGCCCGAAUGCCUGCUGCUCCCGCUGUUACUCUCCUGGAGCUGUCUGGGAUUGGGAGCGGGUAUAGCGGUAGCGGGUGCCGGAGCGGUAGCGGCUUCCCAGGAGUCCAAGGGAGCAGCGGACUCCUCCUCCAGUGCCAGCGCUAGCGCCAUAAUGGGUGCCGGUUCCGGGGCAGCUGCCACAGUCUCGCUCUCCGGCGACUAUUCCUCGCUGCUGUCCAGUCCGGGACAGGCAGGUGGUGGCCAGUCCGGCACCUCGCCAGCACCCUCAGCGGCUGCUGUACCGCCCAGCGGACCGGGCAAUCAGUGUUCGUGGUCCUACAACGGCACCAGCUCGGUUUUAUGCUCCCUGCGUCUCAUCGAACGCCAGCCGGGAUUGGAUCUCCAGGGCGCCGAUGGCAGUAGCCAGUUGAGCAUCCAAUGCAGCGAUCUGUACCUCUUCGAGUCCACGUUACCAGUUGCCGUCUUUGCCCGCCUGCAGACCUUGGAGGCCCUAAGGCUGGACUCUUGCAAGCUGCUCCAGCUGCCCAACAACGCCUUCGAGGGCCUGGGCACUCUUAAGGUGCUGCAUUUGAACACCAGGAAUGCGGAAUGGGGAGCCACACGCUCUUUGGAGCUAUUUCCUGACUCACUUGGAGGGCUGAAGCAGCUCACCGAACUGGAUCUGGGGGACAAUAACCUGAGGCAGCUGCCCGGAGGUUUCCUGUGCCCGGUGGGUAACCUGCAGGUGCUGAAUCUUACCCGUAAUCGCAUCCGCACCGCCGAGCAGCUGGGAUUUGCGGACAUGAGCUGUGCGGCAGCAGGAACAGGGAGUGCUGGGAGUGAGCUGCAGGUGCUGGAUGCCAGUCACAAUGAGCUGCGCUCCAUAAGCGAGAGCUGGGGCAUCUCACGACUGAGGAGGCUGCAGCAUCUCAACUUGGCGCACAACAACCUCUCGGAGCUGUCGGGAGAGGCUUUGGCUGGACUAGCCUCGCUGAGGAUCGUGAAUCUGAGCAACAAUCACCUGGAAACGCUGCCCGAGGGUUUGUUUGCUGGCAGCAAGGAGCUGCGCGAGAUUCAUCUGCAACACAACGAGCUGUACGAGCUGCCACGCGGUCUGUUCCAUCGCCUGGAGCAGCUGCUGGUGGUGGAUCUGUCCGGCAACCAGUUGACCUCCAAUCAUGUGGACAACACCACCUUCGCGGGACUCAUCCGCCUGAUUGUGCUGAACCUGGCGCAUAAUGCUCUCACCCGCAUCGAUUAUCGCACCUUCAAGGAGCUGUAUUUCCUGCAGAUCCUGAAUUUGCGCAACAAUUCCAUUGGUCAUAUUGAAGAUAACGCCUUCCUGCCGCUGUAUAACCUGCACACUUUGAAUCUCGCCGAGAACCGGCUGCACACUUUGGACGACCGGCUCUUCAAUGGCCUCUACGUGCUGUCCAAGUUGACGCUGAAUAACAAUCUGAUCAGCGUGGUGGAGCCAGCAGUGUUCAAGAACUGCUCGGAUCUCAAGGAGUUGGACCUGAGCUCCAAUCAGCUGAAUGAGGUGCCACGUGCCCUGCAGGAUCUGGCCAUGCUGCGCACCCUGGAUUUGGGCGAGAAUCAAAUCCGGACUUUCGAUAACCAGAGCUUCAAGAAUCUGCAUCAGCUGACGGGAUUGCGACUGAUUGAUAAUCAAAUUGGAAACAUUACAGUGGGCAUGUUCCAGGAUCUGCCUCGCCUGAGUGUCCUGAAUCUGGCCAAGAACCGUAUCCAGAGCAUCGAGCGAGGUUCCUUUGACAAAAACUUUGAGCUGGAGGCCAUUCGACUGGACAGAAACUUCCUCUCGGACAUCAAUGGAGUGUUUGCCACUCUGGUCUCCUUGCUUUGGCUGAAUCUCUCCGAGAAUCACCUGGUGUGGUUUGAUUACGCCUUCAUCCCCUCGAACCUCAAGUGGCUGGACAUCCAUGGGAAUUACAUUGAGGCCUUGGGCAACUACUACAAGCUGCAGGAGGAGAUACGGGUCAAAACGCUGGAUGCCUCUCACAAUCGCAUCACGGAGAUUGGUCCAAUGUCCAUUCCCAACACGAUCGAGCUGCUGUUCAUCAAUAACAAUCUCAUUGGCAGUGUGCUGCCCAAUGCCUUCGUGGACAAGGCCAAUCUGGCCCGUGUCGAUCUCUACGCAAAUCAGUUGAGCAAGUUGCAGCUCCAGCAGCUAAGAGUGGCUCCCGUGGUGGCUCCAAAGCCCUUGCCCGAGUUCUAUCUGGGCGGGAAUCCCUUCGAGUGUGACUGCACCAUGGAUUGGCUGCAGCGAAUCAACAAUUUAACCACUCGUCAGCAUCCUCGUGUCAUGGACAUGGCCAACAUUGAGUGUGUGAUGCCGCAUGCUCGCGGUGCUGCAGUGCGUCCGCUGGCGGCUCUGCGGCCUCAGGAUUUCCUCUGUCGCUAUGAAUCGCAUUGCUUUGCUCUCUGCCACUGCUGUGACUUUGAUGCCUGCGACUGUGAGAUGACCUGCCCCAGCAAUUGCACCUGCUACCAUGACCAGAUUUGGUCCACCAAUGUCGUUGAUUGUGGCGGCCAGCAGACCUCGGAGUUGCCGCGACGCGUGCCCAUGGAUUCCAGUGUGGUUUAUUUGGAUGGCAACAUCUUCCCCGUACUGAAAAAUCACGCCUUCAUUGGUAGGAAGAACCUACGGGCACUUUAUGUGAAUGGUAGCCAAGUGGCAGCCAUCCAAAAUCGAACCUUUGCCAGCCUGGCUUCGCUGCAGUUGCUCCACCUGGCCGACAAUCGCCUGCGCACUCUCCAUGGCUACGAAUUUGAGCAGCUCUCCGCCUUGAGGGAGCUGUAUCUGCAGAAUAAUCAGCUGACCACCAUUGAGAAUGCCACUCUGGCUCCAUUGGCUGCCCUGGAGCUGCUCCGCAUCGAUGGAAAUCGGUUGAUGACAUUGCCCAUUUGGCAACUCCAUGCCACGCACUUUGGCUCCAGGCUGCGCUCCAUUAGUCUGGGCAGGAAUCCAUGGACCUGCCGUUGCCAGUUUUUGCAGGCACUCACAGCCUACGUGGCGGACAACGCAUUGAUUGUCCAAGAUGCACAGGACAUCUACUGCAUGGCAGCCAGAGGCGGAAGCUCUGGCAUGGAUUUAAGCUCAUCCACCGCAAUCGAUGAGGGAUCUCUGGAGAAGAGGGAAUUGGACUUUAAUGCCACAGGAGCUGCCUGCACGGAUUAUUAUUCCGGUGGAUCCAUGCUGCAGCAUGGCAUUCCCGAGUCGUACAUCCCACUGCUGGCCGCUGCACUGGCUCUGCUCUUCCUGCUGGUGGUCAUUGCCAUGGUUUUUGCCUUCCGGGAGUCGCUAAGGAUUUGGCUAUUCGCUCACUAUGGCGUUCGGGUCUUUGGACCGCGUUGCGAGGAAUCCGAGAAGCUCUACGAUGCCGUGCUCCUGCAUUCGGCCAAGGAUUCGGAAUUUGUGUGCCAGCAUUUGGCUGCCCAGCUGGAGACGGGACGUCCACCACUGAGGGUUUGCCUGCAGCACCGGGAUUUGGCCCACGAUGCCACCCACUAUCAGCUGCUGGAGGCCACAAGGGUCUCGAGGCGUGUGGUGAUACUGUUGACCCGGAACUUCCUGCAGACCGAGUGGGCACGCUGCGAACUAAGGCGAUCCGUGCACGAUGCACUGCGUGGCAGGCCCCAAAAGCUGGUGAUUAUCGAGGAGCCGGAGGUGGCCUUCGAGGCGGAGAGUGACAUUGAGCUGCUGCCCUACCUCAAGACCUCAGCGGUACAUAGAAUCCGCCGCUCGGACCGCCAUUUCUGGGAGAAGUUGCGCUACGCCCUGCCCGUGGAUUACCCCACCUUCCGGGGCAAUAAUUACACCCUGGAGCUGGAUCAUCACAAUCACGAGCGGGUGAAGCAACCGGCCAGUCCUGGACUGCUCUAUCGCCAGGCUCCGCCGCCCGCCUACUGCGGUCCUCCGGAAGGGGCGCCGCCUCAGGGAGGAGCUGUGGUCACUGCCUCAGUGCCAGCGGAGCAGAAUUACUCCACGGCCACCACAGCCACGCCGAGUCCCAGGCCACAGCGCAGGGAGCAGCAGCAGCAGCAGCAGCAAGGAUCUGGGUCAGGAUCAGGCUCUGGAGCUGGAAGCCAUCAUCUGCAUGCCCAGUACUACCAGCAUCAUGGGAUGCGACCGCCUUCGGAGCACAUUUACUCCAGCAUUGACUCGGACUACUCGACCCUGGACAAUGAGCAGCACAUGCUGAUGAUGCCGGCAGGUCAUGGGUUGGAGGCUGCACAAAGGGCACAGACCUGGAGGCCCAAGCGGGAGCAGCUGCACCAUCAGCAGGCCCAGGCCGGCACCCUGGGCUCCAAGGCGAACCAACAGCAGCAACAGCAACAGCAGCAGCAACACCAGACAGUGUCCAGUGGCCAGCAGCAGGGACCUCAUGUCCAGGCGUAUUUGGUAUAAGAGCAUAAGCAUUCCCCUGCCGGAAUGAUGACAGUGAUUUCUUUAGGGACUGGUUCCUGUGCAUAAUUUUAAUUACUAAAAUAUGUGCGAGUUAAGCUAAGAGCAAGCAAUGGAAAGGGGGCAGGGCAGCAUGAUGGCAGCAGGAUUUUAACGUAUAUUACUUUGUUUAUCCAGUGUAAAGUCAUUUUAGAUGCACUAAACCCACACAGAGACGAAGCAGGGAAGCGAGCACACACAAGAUACAGAUACGAGUACCAGAUACAGAUGCAGUCAUGUCAGUGGUGGUGUUGCUACAAUGCCAUUUCAAAGUUUUCCCAACUAAGUUUCCUCCAUCUAACACACACACACACACACUCACAUUCGUAUGAACUCGAACCCGAACUCGAACUUGCUCUGGCCUGGCAUUUGCUUAGCCAAGAAUCGCUCGAGGGGGAGGGAACGGGGAAUUUGUGAUAACUUUUUAAUAUGGUUUUAAUCAGUUUGGACGCAGGAAUAAAGAUUUCCAGGCAGCAGCAGCAUCUGUAUCUCUGUGUGUGUGUGUCUGCUCGUUCCGUGUCUCAUUAAUUUGUAAAUAGCCACAUGCCGUAUUUACUGCCCAAAACAUAACGUAGAUAGGUAUAGACAGAGCGACACAUACACCUCCGCAGCGCAUAGAUACAGAUACAAAAGAUACAACAGUUACAACAGCUACAGUAACCGUAUGGAUAAUUCAAUAAUCACAUCCCAGAACACAUGUAAAUUGUAUGCCACAGAGCUCCGCAGUGAAAUCGAUAAAUGCAUUUGUCAAGUAAUCCCAGCCGUAUGUAAAAAGCAUUAAUAAUUAGCCAGCAAUGGGAAUGAUUCAUAACCAUUUAAUAUACAUACAUAGAUUGCAGAGAAGCUCAUUUUAAACACUUACGCUUACCAAAACUAACGAUAAUUGUAACAAUGGUCUCGCAAGCUGCGCGGCUCACAUACACC